ACUCCAAUUCAUUUUAAUAUCCCUUUCCACAUUUCCUUCACAUCCGACUCCCCUCUUUCUUCUCGUCAACUCAUACCCAAACGCAAACCCUCAUCUAAUUCUUUUGUUUUUAAUUCGAAAAUCAAGUCGAAGUUUCAUUUCUUUCGCAAUUUUAUUUUAUUGAAUUGUGCCUGAAUUUGGUUGAUGGCAUCCAGCGGAAACAAGAACAUCAGCGCCAAGCUGGUGCUCCUUGGAGAUGUUGGAGCCGGAAAAUCUAGUUUAGUAUUGCGUUUUGUGAAAGGGCAAUUUGUUGAAUUUCAGGAAUCGACCAUAGGGGCUGCCUUCUUUUCACAAACAGUUGCUGUGAAUGAUGCAACUGUAAAAUUUGAAAUAUGGGAUACGGCAGGUCAGGAAAGAUACCACAGCUUAGCUCCAAUGUAUUAUAGGGGAGCUGCUGCAGCGAUUAUUGUCUAUGAUAUUACAAACCAGGCCUCAUUUGAUCGGGCCAAGAAAUGGGUUCAAGAGCUUCAAGCACAAGGUAACCCAAACAUGGUUAUGGCACUUGCUGGGAAUAAAUCAGAUUUGUUGGAUGGAAGAAAGGUUGCAGCAGAGGAAGCACAAACUUAUGCUCAGGAGAAUGGUCUUUUCUUUAUGGAAACAUCUGCAAAAACAGCAACAAAUGUCAAUGACUUAUUUUAUGAGAUAGCAAAAAGAUUGCCCCGACUACAGCCAGCACCAAACCCAUCAGGUAUGGUCCUUGUGGAUCGACCAGCAGAGAGGGCAACCUCUACUUCCUGUUGCGGUUAAUGUUGAUGCCUUUGUCUCACCAUAACAAGUGUACAAGUAUAAAUCAUGUUGCGAUGUGUCCAUAAAAUACUGAAGUUACUGUCUAGCGUUGGAUUGUUGAGAUUUGUACAGGAGCUAAACUUUCAGUAUGUAUUUCACAAUGAUUGAAGUGUCUGUUUGACUGUAAUUUGAUAUGUUACUGAAUCAAUUAUCAUUAAUCAGAGAGUACGAGUCAUUCGUAUUCGAUCUUCCACUGACUCUGCAGUUGGGACUUUUAUGUGGCAA